GUUAUUUUGAUUGGUAAGACGUUUAACGACAAGUCAAAGAUGGAAAUUUGGAUCGUAUUUUUGAGUGUAACAUUUCAGCUUACAAAUGCUGCGAUGAACAGAUUCACGAUUGCUCCUGAAGAAAGUGCAAAAUUCCAUAACCAAAAACGACAUCUUUAUCAAGACACUCCUUCUCUGACUGGUAGUAAGGCUUUAGGUAUCGAUGCUGCAGAAUGUGCUAGAUACAUGAUAAGUUUCGGGCUACCUCCAGAAAUAAAUCCGUGUUUCGCCAAAGAGAAGAAACAAGGCGAGAAUAUUUACACAUUACUGUCAUGCGCCUAUCAAGAAAAGCCACAAGUUUUGUUUUCAAGAGCAAUAGACCAAUGGUACGGUGAAAUCAACCAAGUGCAUUUCGAUCAAAAAGAUUGGCCCACAGAGGUGAUUAACAAAAAAGAAUUAGUCGAAAAAGCUAUACAGUUCCUCUGGUCAAGUACCACUGAAGUGGGCUGUGGCGGCGCUUAUAAGGAGGUGCAACAUGAAGGGAAAACAUGCAGGAAAAUACACUUUGUAUGUCGAUAUACACCACGGGCUGAAAUUUCAGAUGAGCAAUCUUUGAAGAAAAAUAUUCAUCCUUUAAUAGAAACCAGUAUUUCGAAAAAAGAGAUCACCAAUAUGCAUUCGGAUGCUCCAAUGUGUUUUCAUAUUCCUAUAUUUUACGAGGGAGUAGCUCAGUGGCAGAAUAAGGCAUGCAACAUACCUGUUAUAAAGUUACAAUGUCCUUCUUUAUGUACAAUUGCUAAUGUGAAGUAGAGAUGACAGAAGCAAAUCAAUUUUGAACGCAGGUUUCCCAAGUUUCUUGAAACUUAGCUCUUAAAAAUUUGUUUGUCUCUUUUUUACCCCUAUACAAUCUUGAGUUGGGGUAUAUUGAAAGAAUUGUCUAUCUUGUUCCCAAAAAAAUUCAAAAAUGGCAUAAUUAGCAAAUACGUCUACAUUUUUUUCUGACUAUUAUAUCCAUAUUUUGUAAACUUUAAUCUAUUCAGAAGCUCGUGUGAUACCAAUAGUUCCUUUAACAGAGAAAGAACACAAAAAGCUCGACUCUAAUUUUUAACAGGACACAAAAGUUUUAGUAGCAUUGAAAUGUUUUUACUGCAUGAUUGUUUUCCUCGCUUAAAUUAAUUUGUAUGGCCCAAGAUGGCGCUGGAAUCAUAUUUUCACCAAUUUUAGUAUUAUCUCUUAGCUUGGCUAGCUUUCUCUGAUAAAACAAUUGAAAGACUACGUGUGACUUUUUUUAUACGUUUGGUUUGGUUAUGUAUGUUUGUUUUAGUGAGAUUGAAAGAAAUCAAAAUUGUCAAAGUAAGAGCCCUUCUUCCUCUCCUUAUUCUUACUGCUACCUUGGAGGAAGAACUGCUAAAAACGUAAUAGAUACA